AUGCCCGGGUGCUCUGAGGAGGAAAGACCCAGCCUGUACUGGGAAGGCGACCGGAACUUGAGGCAGAGCUUUGACCUGGUGGUCCCUGAUCAACUUCCCAGCAGUGACAAACCCUUCAAGUGCUUGACAUGUGGGACAAGCUUCAGGAAGAGCACCCACCUCCUCAGCCACCAGAACAUCCAUACUGGGGAACGUCCCUACACAUGUGGGGAAUGUGGGAAGAGCUUCAAGUUCAGCUCCAACCUCCACACCCACCAGCAAAUUCACACCGGGGAAUGGCCCUAUACAUGUGGGGAGUGUGGAAAGAGCUUCAGCCAGAGCUCCGCCCUGAUCCGACACCAGCACAUCCACACUGGGGACCAGCUCUACCCGUGUGAGCAAUGUGGGAAGAGCUUCAGUGACAGCUCCACCCUGAUCGUGCACCAGCACAUCCACACUGGGGAACGUCCGUACACAUGUGGGGAAUGUGGGAAGAGCUUCAGGAGCAGCUCCAACCUCCACAGCCACAAGCGCAUCCACAGUGGGGAACGACCCUACAAGUGCUUGGAAUGUGGGAAGAGGUUUCGGACCAGUUCAGAGCUCCUCGUGCACCAGCAGACGCACACGGAUGAGAGGCCCUUUCGCUGCACCGACUGCGGGAAGGGCUUCAAGCGCAACUCCACCCUCGUCAAGCACCAGCGAAUCCACACCGGGGAGAGGCCCUACAAGUGUGGGGAGUGUGGGAAGAGCUUCACCUGGAGCUCUAACUUGACCAAACACCAACGGACCCACCAGUAAGAGAAGCCCGACAAGUGCCCCAACUGCGGGAAGAGCUUUGGGUGCUACUUCCACCCUGAAUGAACCCCCUGAUGGUAAAGCAACCCCUGGAAUCCAGUGACUGUCAGUCCAUCCCUUUUGACCAGAAAACGCGAGUCCCCUUUCCCAGGGGCAGCUUCUUCCAACAGAACCCUUCUUAGGGUGUGUGUGGAGAUUCCUGCCUUUGCUGGGGCCCCCCCAAUGUCAGUACUGUAGGUUGAGAGCAGAGAUCUCCCCACGAACAUUGGUCUGGGGGAGUUCCAUCCAUCUCUACUUAAGAAUUAUUGCUUUUGUGCCAACUUGAGUAGAAUUGCUUCAACAAUUGCUUUAGUGUAGAGCACUGUCCUGUCUUGUCCUGUACUCCUGGUAGUUUUAAUGUGUAUGUUGUGCAGUAAAUAAUUCUGAUGAAGAUGU